GUUUCAGUGUUCAAUGCAAUCAGCUCUCGUCAACACAGCACGCAAAAAAUGCAGUCCACUGUGAGAGUUCCCUUUGCGUUUUUCUGCAUUUUGGUGACUGGAAUUCUGGGUCAGGAUGUAAAGCCCGAGCUUCCAGAGUACUUGCCGCCACCCACCACCACGCAGGAGGUGAUCAUAGAGGUCCCGACGACUACAACAACAACAGAAAUUCCAACAACAAUUGCAAUUGAGGAAACUACCAUAAUUACGAAUGAGGAUGUCACAACUGUGCCAACAGAGGAACUUACAACAAUGCCAACAACUCCAACAGAACCUACAACUACAACUUCAACAACAACAACAACUAUACCUACGGAUGUUCCAACAACAAUUGCAAUCGAUGAGACUACUGUCUUACCAACAACUUCAACUACAGAACCCAUCACUACAAUUUCAACAACAACUACCCAAAGCGAACCUAUAUAUCCCACCUACUCACCACCCUCCAUACCGCCUUAUCUGCGACCUACGACCUCGAGACGUCCUUUUUACACCACUAAGAAUCCUUGGAGUUGGGAUGAACCCGCAGAACGGUGCUAUCUGAAGGAGCAGCCUGAGUAUAUAACAAACUGUUGGGGCUUUGGCUGGGAGUCGUUCACUUGUUAUCGCUGCUGUUAUUACCCGAACAGUAAUUUUGCCGGAUGCAGUAGACUCCAUCGGGGGCGUUGUGGGUGGUUUUACUAAGGGAAAGU